GAAGAAUCGACAUACCAUUGGAAUUCAGCACAACUCGGUCUACCCCCGAACUGCUCAGCAGAUGGACAUUCCGCUCUGCGCCCUAUGUGAACGUUUGUUAACGCGAGCUGUGGCUGCGUAUUGAGGGAAUUUGUUGGUGUUUAUUCACAAUAUCACCAUGUCGGUGGCUUUUGCACCUCAUAGACAACGCGCGAAGGGUGAUAUUACACCCGCGGGAAUACAAAAGUUGCUUGAUGAAAACAAUCAACUGAUUCAGUGCAUCAUGGAUUUCCAAAGCAAAGGGAAAACGGCAGAAUGUUCACAUUACCAGCAGAUGCUUCAUAGAAAUCUGGUCUACUUGGCCACCAUAGCCGAUUCGAACCAGAACAUGCAGUCUCUUCUACCUGCUCCCCCCACCCAGAACAUGCCCAUGUCAGGAGGAAUGAAUCAGAGCGGCCCCCCUCAGCAGCCCCCCCACGGCCACAGCAUGCCGGCGGACGCCCCCCCUGCGCCACACAUGCAGAACCAGAUGAACGGCCAGAUGCCUGGACCCAACCACAUGCCCAUCCAGGGCCCCGGUCCCAACCAGCCUCCCAAUAUGGCCAGCGGCUCCAUGAACAUGCCCCCCAGCAGCCACGGCACGCUGGGGGCCUACAACCACGCCGUGCCCUCCUCCCAGGGCAUGCCCAGCCAGGGCCAGAUGAACAUGAGCCAGGGACAACCCAUGGGCAACUACGGCCCCAGACCCAGCAUGAACAUGCAGCCCAACCAAGGUCCAAUGAUGCACCAGCAGCCUCCAUCCCAGCAGUACAGCAUGCCCCCUGCUGGUGGUGCGCAGCAUUACCAGGGGCAGCAGAACCCAAUGGGAAUGAUGGGUCAGGGCAACCAUGUGAUGGGGCAGAGGCCCAUGCCUCCGUACAGGCCUCCCCAGCAAGGGCCCACGCAGCAGUACCCAGGCCAGGAGGACUACUAUGGAGAACAGUACAGCCAUGGAGGCCAAGGGCCACCUGAGGGAAACUCCCAGUAUGGUCAGCAGCAGGAGGCAUACCAGCCAGGUCCUCCCCAGGCACAGGGAUACCCGAGCCAGCAGCAGUACCCCACGCAGCAGGCCUACGCGGGCCAGCAGCAGGCCUAUGGGCCCUCUCAGGGCACUCCUGGCCAGUACCCCAAUUACCCGCAGGGACAAGGGCAACAAUACGGCGCCUACAGGCCCCCGCAACCCGCACCCCCCCAGGGCCAACCGCAGCGCCCGUAUGGCUAUGACCAGGGGCACGUCAGGAAAUAGAGGACCGAGUAUUUCAACCCCUGACUAGAUCUGUAAGAAGCAAAGGGUCAAUAUGGCAACUACCAGCAGUAAAGGUCAGACGCUGUACUUCCUGUUGGAGCGUCUCUGUGGCCCCGUCAUUCUGGAUGUGCAGAAGGGCUUCGGCUGUCUGAGACUCCCCCUCCCCACUGACCCCGCCCUUGUCUAAAUUAUAGAGAGAUGGAUGCCUCCCUUUGCCCCAACUUGCGCGCACGCACACACACAAUCUGAUCAUGUAUUAUUUUUAAAAGGAUCGUUUAGUGCCCAAAUAUAACUCCCAUUGGUUGGUCCCCAGCUCACACCCACGCUUUCAUUGUGCCACUCACCAAGGUUUUUAAGUUAUGAAUAAAUUAUGUACAUGAAAAAGGGUUUUUCAUCAUCCCUUGAAGGAUUCUGUGGGUUACGAGUGUUUAGUUGUGUCCGACCUGUUACACUCAUGAAUAGAUGAGGGUGGUCUGCAAUCUCACAAAAUGCCCCUCUGUGCUGCUGUAGCCAAGUCAACAGUGUGGGUUACGUCUGCUACAACACGUCAUGUGAGCUAGCUAAAUGUGACUUGAGAAAUGCAGAAAGAUUACUAUUCCUUUAACGAAAUAUUAGCUUUCAGUCUUUCAUGGUUCUCUGGUCUGUAUUCCAUAGUUUUCAUCAAAAGCCAUCUCGAAAGGAGCAAUGCCUUAAAGAAAAAGGAAAAAAAAAUGUAAAAAUCGGAACUGCCUUACUUGCACAGCGUUUUCCACUGGGGGUUUGGGGGUGGUGUUGGAUUUUGAUAAACUACAGCAUUGAGUCGUAUUUUGGUUGCAAUGUCGGUAACCAUCUCUUGACUCCAUUAGUGUGAAAGAUUUAGAUGAAGCAAUAAUGCUUUAGGGAGGAGGAUGGACCCUGAGGGACGGUCUUGCACAGGGAAUAUUCUUACAUGUCAAGGUCAAAGUUGUCAUGAUGUACAAAUGUAUUUUAUGCUUUCCAGAUAGAGCUUACUUUGUACUGAGAAUUUUGGAAACUUGGUUCUAAAUAUUGUACUUUCUUUGUUGGACCUUUUUGUUUGUUUUUGUUAAAUGUCUUUUUUUAUUAUAGUUAGGUUUUUUUUGUUUGUUUUAAAAAACAAAAACAAAAACCCUUCUCUAGUGUCAUGUCUUUUGCUUCCUCGUCACCAUGCUAACGUUUCAUUCAACCCAUCUGCUGCCUUGGUGGCUCCCAUGUCCACUGUCCACAGGGGACCACUUCAUUUGAGCGUAACGGCUCAGCUGGACAUUGAUACGCUGAAUAUGCCCCAGGAGUGGAUGGUCAAGAGUCACAUUCAGAUUGGGAUAAUAGUAGUGAGAAACAAGGAAUUACUAGCCCACAGUCCUGUCUUACGCCACUGUUGGUUUGCAGUCAACAUGACACAGUUUGGUGAACUUUGCUUUUUGUUUUCUCUUUUUUUUAAAUAACAGUUGCUCCUUGACCCUUGAAUGUGAAGAUUCCCAGAGUGUGUCGCUUAAAUAAAAUUACACCUUUUUAUAGCAUUUGCAGCUUUUUGCUUAUUUGUUUUAAGAAUGAAAUGUUUAAAAUCAAGUUCAUCUGAUAGCAAAGUGCAACUGCAAAGAUUAUGCUGUCUGAGUCGGUGUCGAGAUUAUAGGAAGCAUAUCGCAAAGCACGUCAUUAUGCAAUAACUAAUGUUUUCAUCGUGGCGAGCCUGUUACCAUGGUGCCUGGUUUAUUGUUCUGUCCCUCAGCUGGUUGCCACUGAUGCAACUCAGACUGGAAAUACUUGAGCGGUCUGGGUGCCAGGUAAAUCAAUCUCUCUCUCUCCUCUCUCUCUCUCUCUCUCUCUCUCUCUCUCUCUCUCUCUCUCUCUCUCUCUCUCUCUCUCUCUCUCUCUCUCUCUCUCUCUGAGAAUUUGGCAAACAUUUCUUAGGUUUCUCACUUAAAGCUACAACCUGUACAUUUGAAAGAUCUGCUUCGUUUUGGGGUUAAUGGGGAACAUUUCUGUCUCUUAUGACCAUACAUGGUUUGCUAUAGUCCCCUUUCAUCCAGGUGUUGGUAUUGAGCUCCAGUUUUUUCACUGUACACUAGUUUAUUCGCACCAGUUGCUCAAAAGUAUUGUUGAAUACAGUUUUCAGUUUAUUUAGAUGUUUAAAAAAAAUGGAUGGUACUGAUUAUAGCGCUAUACUUCUGUGACUCCUGUUGUAUAAUUCUGAGCAUGUGCUAUUAUGAACUGAGUAUAAAGGCAGUGCGGUUACCACGGUGUCCACGUGUGUGUGCGUGUGUUUGUUUUGCAGGCAAGCAGAGGAGGGCCUUUAGAACUCUGAAUGUAUGAAUACAUUUGUGCUGUUGAGAAACAUUCAUUUGGUGCUCUGUAUCAUGAUGCAACAUUGAGGUGCCAUUAUUCUCUGUUUCCAUGACGAUGUAAAGUUGUACAUCAUUGUAACUGAACAAAAUGGCUGAAUAAAUUAUUGUAAUUUGGAUUUUA